GUGAGGAACAGUUGUGGCGGGGGCUCUCGACGGCGGACGCGGAACGCUCUUCGGGUCCAGAAGGCUGUUGACCUUGUUCUUUUGCGAACUUCGGGGCUCCCUUGCUCUUCCAAGACUCAGUCUUCAGUGGGGCCUGGAAGCCGGCAAACGGUCCACGAUGAUCUGGAUGAAGAAGGCAAAGACUCUGCUGGAGUCUGUAAUGCACUCAGGCAAAUUCAAAAAUUUCGAUAGAAACCUGGAAAAGGUAUUAGAGGCGAAGGCGCGGUUUCUCACGAGGGGAAAGAAAGCGCGCUUCUUGGUGACUCUUGUUUCUGCUGCCCCUGGGAAAGUGAUUUGUGAAAUGAAAGUAGAAGAGCAGCAUACCAAUCAAUUGGGCACUCUCCAUGGCGGCAUGACAGCCACCUUAGUGGACGUCAUAUCAACGCUUGCUCUGCUGUGCACAGAAAGGGGUAUGGCCGGAGUCAGUAUUGAUAUGAACAUAACGUACAUAUCACCUGCUAAAAUGGGAGAAGACAUACUGAUUACAGCACAUGUUUUGAAGGAAGGAAGAUCAAUUUCAUUUGCUUCUGUGGAUCUGACUAACAAGGCCACGGGAAAAUUAAUAGCACAAGGCAGACAUACCAAACACAUGGGAAACAGACCAUCUGAAGGCUAAGUGAAGCCGCCCAACAAUGAGUGUCCAGAGUAAACCUGAUUUGGACAAAUGUAAUUUUCAAAAUACCACAACUAGAAGUAGCCAAGAAAUAGUCUUCGGGGAAGAUGCCAGAGAUCAAGUGGAAUACAGGAUGGGGGGUUGUCUAUAUUCUUUGAUUUCGAGUUAAGUUUUAGUCUAUAAUCAUACGUGAUACUUGGAUGAAAACACUCUUAGCUCAGAGUGUUUUGAAAACAGGUAAAGCAAAGCUCACAGGGCCAUUUGAGGUAAGAGUACCUCAAAACUAAAACCUUAGUAUCGAGCUAAAGGUCAAAUCAAUGAUUAAGCUAAAGGUCAAAUUAAUGAUUAAUCCUUAAAUUGUAGGUCCUUCUCAGCUCUAAAAUGCUACAUUUUUUUUAAAAACCCAAUUCCAAGAUUAUGGAACCUCAAAGCAGAUGAACCACAGGCCACACUAAAAAAGAGUGAGCAGUUCUCAAUAAAGUUUAAGGCAAAGCAGAUUAGUGAUAAAUAGCCCAGUGGGAUAAAUAGCCCAGUUCAGGAUUAGUAUAUUUUAUAGUGGUGGUAGUGGGGAGUACAGAAUUCCCUUUUCUAGUACCUAGGAUAAAACCAUGCAGAUCUUCAACCUCCUAAUGCUUGGUAUUAAAAAGACCCAACUUCACAAAUUGUUUUAGUCAAUUUCUCAAAUUUCUGUCAACUGUGGUUUGGUUUCUGCAUAUUUAUAAUUGGUUUCUGCAUCAGGUUCUUAGUUCUAACAUUUCACAACUGAUGAUCAUAAAGAAAGGGAGUAACUUCCUUUGGAAGCUGGAAACAGUUAAUAGUUAAAGGUUGAUGAUUAUUUGGUUAUAUUAGAAUACACAUCAGAAUACAUAUAGCCCUGUUUGCUGAAGGGCAGAAGCAGACUUGAUAAUAGCAGUGAGCACAUAGGAAACCCAGAUCUAGUAUUGCCUAUGAAAAGUAACUUGGUAUCCUUGGAGAAAGAGCUGAUUUCAGAGCUGGGGGGUGGGAUAGGGAAAUAACAAGACGAACCUAUCUUGUAUUUGAAAGUCAGGAAGUGCUCAAUAAAACAAGGCGUGAAAAUUACAUAGCAGUGUAUGACACAGAGAGCUCAAACCCAGCGCUCUGUAAUAACAGAGGGGUGGGAGGUGAAGUUCAUGAGGGAGGGGACAUGUAUACCUAUGAGUGAUUCGUGCUAAUCUAUGGCAGAACCCACAUUAUUGUACAGCAAUUCUUUUCCAAUUACAAAUAAACAAUAUGUCACUGAAAAGAAAUGAGUGCAUACUGUUUAGGUAACAAUAAAUGGCUGAGACAGGAGAGCUCUUUCUUGUUGAAAGAAUGCUGGCACAUGUAGAAUAAAUAUAAAAUAGUAACUACAAAAUGGGGAAAUAGGACACCACCUUCACCAAUGAACAUGGACAUCAAUAAAGAGCACACGAGCAGUGUGUUUCUGGAUAUUAACUUCAGGGGGUGUAACAUCACUCACAAUGGGCAAUGACCAGGAUACCUAAUCCAAAUUUAACCACAAAGGCAAUCACUCAAAUACCAAAUAAAGACACUGUUGUUUUUUUUAAAAAAAUUGGCCUGAGCCCUUCAAAACUUGAGUAUGGGGACAAGUUCCUAAACCUUUGCACCUAGUUCCACUCAGAGCAGUUAGAGUUUAGAACAGCCCCUGACCAUGAGAAACUGUUCAUUUCAAAUAGAUUCCAAUUGUCAAUUGAUCAGAAAACAUGGAAGUGCAUUGUGAAUAAGAGUAUUUUUGUCUUUUCCACAAAGCCAGGUGUAAGGCCAGGCCGGUAAUUGUUAAAAGCUGACAAAAUGUCUUUGAUUCCCAUUCCUGUUGAAAUUACAAACCCAACUUUGCUUCUGAGUUUACGGUUUAGCCAUGGGCUAAGGUCUCAAUAACAGGUACCCAAGUGACUUAGAAGAAAAGUUACCACUUCAAGUUUUGUGUAUUCACCUGAAUAGUCAGGGAACUUUCACCUAUUUUAUUUAGGUUUUCAUUUAUUCAAAUUCCAACCAGAAGCUAAAUACAAUUGGAAACCGGUAAGCACUAAGUUUUACUCCAAAGGAGUAGGAUCAUUCAGAUUUACUCCAAUAAAAGUAUGCAACCCUUAAGCAAAGCUUUUCUUCAUUUAAAAGAAAAAUAAACAAAAAAACUAUACAGUAGUCUUUCCUUAUGUUCAUUGCACAAAAUGAGUUCUGCUUUUAGAAUUUUGACACUCAAUGGUGUUUUUUUUCCUCCCCGCACAAUUUAAGAUCCCAACUUUAAUAACAUUUCUACAUCAAAAAAACCCCUAAGUUUUCCUUUAGGAUGGUGUAAAAACCAGUAUUUCUGCACAAUUCACUGGAAUUGUUUUUCUUUAUAAUAAAAAUCUCUUCUUUUCAAAACCAAAAAAACAAAAACCAAAAGGACAGUCCUCUACCUAUUGUGGUUUCUGCAGCUAUGAAUGUAUUUCUGUUUCAGAGCCGCUUAGCUACUUCAGACUCCAGAUCUGCUUUAACGUGUGUAACUGUGUGCACACUCGGCAGAAUCCUCUUUCGUAACAGCAACUUGGGGAAAGAGAUCUGGAAAUAAAAUACAUACAUUUAUGAGUACCAGGAAACAAACAUGACCCAGUAAUACAUGAGGCAAGACUGCCUACAAUGAGAUGCUUUUUAAAGAUUUCUUUCCCAUGGUUGUAUCUUCUUUUUCUUUUUUAAACAACCACUUUUGGCCAUUAGAAUGAAUCUGAUACUGCUCUGAACAACGGUGAUUAUAGCAAAGCUGUAAGUUUUAAAAACGUUGUUUA